AUGACCAACCACGAUGAAGAGAACACCCGACCGGACGAGCAGCCCGACAUUCUGAGGCGUCCAUCCUUGCUCUCGUCGCGUACCAUGACCGACUCGGGUCGCCGCGCCUCUCAUCAACACGUGCGAUUUUCCACAGAUCUCGAGAGGCCGAUCGAUGACCGCGCCAGCACUACCAACACCAAUCCCACUGCCAGUGCGAGCAUCACUGACAAUGCCAAUGGCAAUGAUAACGCUGAUACCGACCGUCGCCCUGGCUCACGAGGCCUGACCAUCGACACCAGACUUGCGCCGCCAACCGUCCAGUCUCCCGCUCGCUCGCCGACCUCCCCCCUUUCCCCGAGUGCCAUCUCCUCGAAUGCCAACCCUCUCGCCGGUGCGACCCUCUCGCCAACUUCGCCGCAGAGUCCAGAGUCCUCCAACGGUCGCUCCCGAUCGCGCAAUCGUGGUUACUCGCUGCGUCGGUCCAUCUUCAAUAAAACCAUCCAGACCUCUGAUCAAGAUGCCUCUCCCACGUCCCCUGACGCCAGCCCUCGGGCAUCGGUUGAGAUUACCGAAGCUCCUCCCCCCAGCGCACCUAGCCCGAUCGACGAAAAGAAUGAGCUACAAGUGCUUCCUACAGCCUCAAUUGAGGCGCCCACCAAGGACGAAGUCGCCACCUCCGUGUGGUCUGAUCCCUCGGAAGGCCCGUUGAAGGAAUAUAUGUCUGUGGCUCAGGGCGAGUGGAAGAAGAAGAAGGCCGCCGGAGCGGUUAUCAUGACUCGCGUCGAGGCAUUCAUGACCACUUUGCAAAAAUUCAUUUUGCGAAUUAAAGAUAUUCCACCAACCAAGGACGGCCGCCACAUCGAUCUCAACCCGUCGUUAGUUGAUACCAUGAUCGAUGAGCGCACCGCAAAACCGUACAUCGCCAAUUGGAUUCGCUCGAGCCGCUAUAGCUUUUGGAGUUUCUUCCCCGACAGUAUCUCGAUGGGAAAGGAAGGAUUUGAUGACUGGCGCCGAUAUCGUCUCGAUAAGGAGGAGAAUAAUCGAUACGCUUGGGUUCUUCGACCUGGUCAGCUGCCUGUCACGGAUGGCGCGGCCAUGGCCAGUGGUGCUCACGACUGGGUCGAGAUCAAGUGGCAGGAGAUCCGUGUUGGUGAUGUGAUCAAGCUCCACCGUGACCAGCCCGUUCCUGCGGAUUUCGCCCUACUACAUGCCACUGGUCCUAAUGGGGUCGCCUACAUCGAGACCAUGGCCUUGGACGGUGAGACAAAUCUGAAGAAUAAACAGCCAUGCCAGCCUGUCGCCAAGGCCUGUGCCACUGUUGACGACAUUGUCAGCAAUGCGUUGCACUUUGUUGUCGAGGACCCGAAUAUCGACCUCUACAAAUUCGACGGCCAUGUCACGGUCAAUGGGCAGCAGAAGCUGCCUCUCACAAACAAUGAAAUCGUCUACCGUGGUAGCAUUAUGCGCAAUACUGAUUGCGCAUACGGUAUGGUUAUCUAUACCGGCGAGGAGUGCAAGAUUCGCAUGAACGCGAACAAGAACCCGCGCAUUAAGAAGCCUGCUCUGCAAGGAAAGGUCAACCGCGUGGUCAUGCUCAUUGUGCUGUUGGUUCUGAUUUUAGCUGCUGCGUGUACUAUCGCCUACACUUACUGGUCUGAUGAGGUGGAGAAGAAUUCCUGGUAUCUGGCCGAUGCCAGUGUGCAAAUUGGUCCGAUCUUCACCUCAUUCCUGAUCAUGUUCAAUACCAUGAUCCCUAUCUCACUCUACGUCAGUAUGGAGAUCGUGAAGGUCGUCCAGAUGUUCCUUCUUAACGACAUUGACAUGUACGACCCGGAAACCGAUACACCGCUCGAAGCGCGCACUUCCACCAUUAACGAGGAGCUCGGUCAAGUGAGCUACAUUUUCUCCGACAAGACUGGUACUCUGACGAACAACUCAAUGCGCUUUCGCAAGAUGAGCGUUGCGGGUACUGCCUGGUUGCACGACUUCGACCUGCAAGAGGAGGCUGCUCGCGAAGGCGACCAGCACAAGCUCAUUCACAAGAAACGGAAUCUGAAAGGCAAGAAGGCUGCAAACCGCAAGUCGAACGUUUCCGACGCUCGCAUGGCUCCUCGUCCUUCUAAUAUCUCCACCGGCCUGGAUGCCCUGCGGCCCCAUGGCCGCACUGCCAAUUAUCGCACAGCCGAAAUGCUCGAGUAUAUCCAGCGCAAGCCUUACACCGUCUUUGCUCGCAAGGCCAAGCUCUUCCUCCUGUCCAUCGCCCUUUGCCACACUUGUAUCCCCGAAGAGGAUGAAAACGGCUCCGUUACCUUCCAAGCUGCCUCUCCCGAUGAAAUGGCUCUGGUUUUGGCCGCACAGGAGCUCGGUUACCUCGUUUUAGAUCGCCAGUCCAAUUCGCUUACCAUCCGCAAUCACCCCAAUGGUUCCAACGAACCCGCUGUGGACGAAACAUACGAGGUUAUGGAUGUGAUUGAAUUUUCCAGUGCACGCAAGCGUAUGUCGGUUGUCGUUCGCAUGCCUGACCAGCGCAUCGGCGUCUUCUGCAAGGGUGCCGAUACUACGCUCAUGCGACUACUCAAGAAGGCUGAUCUGGCGCAAGAGAAGGCGGCCGAGAUCGAACGACGUGUCAGCAAGCGCAAGGCUGCCGAAGCGAACCAAGUUAUUCGUCGCAAUAGCGAGUACCAGAGCCGCAAGGAUAGUGGUGUCCGCAACAGUUUUGCGAGUCGUCCUAGCUUUGCUCGUCGUCGGUCUUCGGUCUCGGGUAAUCAUACCUCGACCCUGCGUCAGAGUAUUGAUGUUUGGCUUCGUGAUCGUGAGACGGAUGGUGGUAUUCUCCACCGCGAUGAUCCUGAGUAUUAUAGUCCUCGUCCUUCGGCGCAGAUGGGUAGAUUCUCGACUGCGAUUUCGGAUUCUGGAAGCGAGACCAAUGGGGAAGAAGAUGAAGAUUUGGUCGAGGAGGCUCUUGUUGUCAAUGAGGCUGCCAUCUUUGAGAGAUGCUUCCAGCACUUGAAUGACUUUGCGACAGAGGGUCUGCGGACCCUGCUCUAUGGCCAUCGAUUCCUCGACGAGUCGAGCUACCAGAGCUGGAAGACCGCCUACCAUGAAGCGAGCACCAGCAUUGUUGAUCGUCAGCAGAAGAUUGAGGAGGUUGGUGAGCAGAUUGAGCAGCAGCUGGAGCUGACUGGCGCCACUGCCAUCGAAGACAAGCUGCAGAAAGGUGUUCCCGAAGCGAUCGAUAAGCUGCGUCGUGCUAAUAUCAAGAUGUGGAUGUUGACCGGUGACAAGCGGGAGACUGCCAUCAAUGUUGGUCACUCUUGUCGCUUGGUCAAGGAGUACUCGACUUUGACUAUUCUCGACUAUGAGAAUGGUGAUGUCGAGGAGACUAUCAACCGCCUUACUCAAGAGCUCAACCACAGCAAGGUUGCCCACUCUGUCGUCGUUGUGGAUGGACAGACGUUGUCAACUAUCGAGGCUGACGAAACCAUGCGUGAGCGUUUCUUCGAUCUUGCUAUCAAGGUCGACUCGGUUAUUUGCUGCCGCGCCAGCCCGAAACAGAAGGCGUUCCUAGUCAAGUCCAUUCGCAUGCAAGUCAAGGAUUCUAUCACUCUUGCGAUCGGCGAUGGUGCCAAUGAUAUCGCCAUGAUCCAGGAGGCCCACGUCGGCAUCGGUAUCACUGGCAAGGAAGGCCUACAGGCUGCGCGUAUCUCGGACUACUCCAUCGCGCAGUUCCGCUUCCUCCUGAAACUGCUUCUCGUUCACGGUCGCUGGAACUACAUGCGCGCCUGCAAGUAUACGCUCGGCACCUUUUGGAAGGAAAUGCUCUUCUACCUGACGCAAGCCCUAUACCAGCGAUGGAACGGAUAUACUGGAACCAGUUUGUACGAGUCGUGGAGUCUGAGUAUGUUCAAUACUCUCUUCACCUCUCUCUGUGUCAUUUUCUUGGGAAUCUUCACCAAAGACCUUUCGGCCUCGACUCUCCUCGCUGUACCAGAGCUCUACACCAAGGGUCAGCAACACGGUGGCUUCAACAUUCGCCUCUGGCUAGGCUGGACGUUUAUGGCUACCUGUGAAGCAAUGAUCAUCUUCUUCUGCAUGUACGGACUCUUCGGCAUGAUCCACAUCAACCCUAGCGACAUCGAUACCUUCGCUCUGGGUCUGCUUACCUUCUCCGCCUGCGUCGUUGUCAUCAACUUCAAGCUCCAACUCCUCGAAGUCCACAACAAGACUUACCUCUCCAUAAUCAUAAUCGUUAUUUCUGUCGGUGGUUGGUUCCUCUGGAAUCUCAUCCUCUCGGAGCGCUACAAACUCGAAUCCGGAAAGGGCGUCUACGAUGUCCCCGAUAACUUUAUCCACCAUGUCGGCCACAACCUCCUCUUCUGGACCGUCCUUCUCAUCACCGUCGCCUCAGUCCUCCUCUUCGAGUUGACAGUCUCCACACUCCGCGCCUUCUUCUUCCCCACCGACGUCGACAUCUUCCAAGAAUACGAACAAGACCUCGACAUCCGGAAACGCUUCGAAGAAGCCGCCGCCUCAGAACUCCAACAAGGCUGGGACCGCGGUACAAAACGCUCCUCUUUCGAAAUCGCCCGCGAGAACGAAGAAAUGGACGCAAGAGAAAGACACGUUCAAGAACUCCUUUCCCGUCCCCGCGUGAUGACCGGCCCUUCUUCUUCCCCUGCACAGAAGCCCGCUGCGCAGGAAAUCGAGGUCGAAGGCGAAGGAGGCAGUUACUCCGAUCUGUCCGAUUCUCGCGUUGACAGUGAGCGGGAACUUGAUGCCGAUCUUGAGCGCGCUCGUCAGGUUGCUGGGCAGGUUGUACAGGUUGUUCCUGCCCCGCAGCCUGCUGUCACGACGAAUGGUGGCAAUCCCGCUGUACCCUCCGCUCCGGCGCCGGACAGCCCCUGUGCGCCUCGACACUCUGUCGAGAUUCAUGAGCUCUUUAGCCAAGGCUUUGGGUCUAUUCGGAAGGGUCAGUUGAAGUGA